AUGAGAUGCAUAGCGCUGCUAGACCUACGGUACCGCGAGCGACAAAGUCUUAAUAACCUUGGUACUCGGCUACGCCUACCCGGUCCAACCUCCGAACGACUUCGCCGGGGGACCUUUCCCGCGCCCCGCGCCGUCCCUCGACGCCCUGAUCGCCGCCCUGACCGCGUUCACGCCGCCGCGUCGGAGCCGCGGCGGUGGCUUGGAGCCCCCCACCGCGUGAAUCCCGUCGUCGCGGUCGGGCUCGUCCUCCUCCGACGACGACUCGCCGCCGCCGCCGCCGCCGUUCGCCGUCGUCCCGCGCGGGUCCUCCGCGGCGAUUCGCGCGACGCGAACCGCCGCGGACGCGUCGACGUCGACGUGUCCGUACCCGCCCUGGACGUUCGCGAACGCGGGCGGGGCUUCGGGGGAACCGAACACGAACCCUCCCGCGCCGCCGUCGCCGCGGUCGUCGCGUUCGAACAACGCGUUAUCCUUCCACCCGCCGCCGCCGCCGCCGCCGUCCGCCGCGCCGUCGAACGCGCCCGUCAGGUCGUUCGCGUCGUCGUCCCGCGACGAGCCGCCGCCGCUGCUCCCGCUCGUCCGCGCGCGCGUCGCGAGGUGCUUCGUCGUGAACUCGGACGCGAGCGGCUGCUUCUUCGCGGGCGCCGGCGACGACCCGGCGACGUCGUCUUUCCGUCGGAACAUCUCGCGCGACGGAACGCCGCCGUGCUCUUUCGACGCCGCGUCGCCCCCCAUCUCGACGUCGUCGCCCUUGUCGCCGCCCUUGUUGCCGCCGCCUCCAAAAAACGAAAACGCCUGAACGUCGUCCGUUUUCAGCUUCUUAUACGUCGUCUUCUCCACCCUCCUCCUCCCAACGCACAGCCAAUACAAAAACGCCGCGCCCAUCAACGCGCCGCCCGUCGCCGCCGCGUUCCUCACCGCGCCGUCCUUCGCCCUCUCCGACACCUCCUCCAUUCCCAUCAGCUGCGUCUCCGUCCCGGGCGGCGGCCACGGCGCGGGCGGCGGCGGCGGCGAUAUCGUGGAGGGGUCGAUCGUCCCCGGCGGCGGCGGAAGGAACCUUGGUCGAGAGUCCAUCCAAAGCAACGAACGUCGGGGUGGAGUUGA